AUGCAACCUGGUGAUGGCAAUCAUCAUCGUUCAACAACAGUGAAUUUCAACCCGUUCUCUUCAUCCUUUGGUAGAGAAUUUGCAGAUGCAUCGAAUAGUAUAAGGUGGUGGUGGUCAUCUUCAUCGUCGAUGGGCUCUCCGAAUUCCAUCCAAGAGCAAAUUUCCCUAACGAAUGAUUCGGAAAAUCAAGCUACCCAUUCAUCGUCAUCACCAUUCCUUCAACAUGAAACCCAUGCCAAUGCACAACAUUGUUCAUCCUUACCGUUUGGGUCCAACAACAACAACAACAAUGAUUAUUACUUCAUGAAUGGCGAUGCCAACCCAACAAGCCAGCAUCCUCUACAAUUUCCUUCCUCCCUCUUGGUUGUCUCAUCCUUCCGACGAGAAAGUGGUGAUGGCAGUGGUGGUCAUGAAGCGAACAACAUUCAUGUCCUUUCAUCGCCAACACUACCACCAACAACAUUAACCACAGGAGCAACUACUUUCCCAACAACAUUGACCCUACCAACAACAACAACAACAACAUUAACCAACAACCAUCUUAACCAUCUUGAUACCUCUUUCAUUCAACCUGCUUCUUCCUUUUUGGAAAUUCCUCAAUAUUUCGCUAUAUCCUGCAUCAACUGUAGGAAGCAACACCGAAAAUGUUCAAAACAUCUUCCGAGCUGUGUGGAAUGUAGACAACGGGGAGUAGAGUGUGUCUAUCGAGAAUCUAAACGAGUCAAAUCAUCAUCAACAGGAGAAGAAAAACAACACUCUCGAAAUAGCAACAAACAAAAAGAAUCUUCUUCUUCCUCGACGAAUCAUGCUAAUAAGGACAAGAACGUGAAAUACAAACCCUAUGAAAAAGUAUCUGGAGAUUAUAUCGAAAAACGACGAGAGGAUCAUGAAAGUCAUCACGUUGUUUCUGCAUUCACAGAAUUCGACGAAGAAACUGGACAUUUAAAUAAGAGAGAUGUCCUUGAGUUUUAUUAUGAGUUUGCGUGUGACGGAUGUCCAUGUUUUCCAAGAGAAGAAUUUGAAAAGUUUCUUUACACGUCACCAUUAUCGAGUAAUGAAUCCUUCACUGCUAAUUCAUCAUCUAAAAUCAGCUCAAGUGGCAAAGAAAUCAAUUUUGAACAAAACACCAAUACAGAAAAUACUCCGAGUCGAUAUCAUGAAGAAUGGUUUGCCAUCUUUUUGUCAGUUCGGGCAUUGUGUGAAUGUCGAUAUGGACUUUCCGAGUUGGCUGAAAAAAGUGCUCAGAAAGCUAAAAACGUUCUCUCCAAAAUGUUUGACCAGUUCAAUAAUUAUAAUGUUGCUGUAGUUUAUGGGAAUUUAGCAAUUUAUGAAGCCUGGAGUGGACGAAUUGAAAAUGCCAAAUUCUAUAUUCAAAUUCUUAGUUACUGCCUCAACAGCUUAUUUUCAGAUGAAACAAAGAGAGAAAAUAUGAAUGUUUAUGAAAAAAAUUUACAAUCAAUAGUAUUCUAUUUUACAAACAUUAUUGGAGAUCAUUUUGAAAAGAUGGGUAUUCAACAAGUGAUACAACGAAUCCCUGAAAUUUUCUCAUUUUUCACUGGCAAACAAUGCCCAGUUAAUUGGCUGAAAUUACUCCAACAAGAAAUUACAUCAGAGAACUGUUUUGAAAUAUGGAAUGUCAUACAAGUGAUUAUCGACGACUUAAAACAAGUGGUGAUCAAUAGUGUACAACGUCCAUCAACGAAACAAGCAAUGGCAUGUUAUGGUUAUAGCAAAGAAUAUAGUUGCAUGAUUGAGCCAGUGUUUACAUUAUUUUCACACAGCGUCAAAAUUUCGAUUCUUGCCAAAUCAUCGUCACCAUUAGUGAAGGGAAUAAUUGAGAAGUGUGCUUUGGAAAUCACACAACUAACAGACCAUGAGGCAUUUCCCUAUUUCCAGUGGAGAUUGUGGCUUGCAUAUUAG